AUGCCUCCCAAACGUCAAGACGAAAGCCAACCGCUCAUGCCUGCCAACAGGGUUACUAGGUCUUCUACUCGACAAGCUGCGAGCCUGGCAGCCUCAGCUUCUGCCAACACUUCUGCCCCCGGCGCCGACUCCUCUCCUACCGCACCUGCCACGCUCCAGAAUCCCACUCCCUCGGCCUCGAAGCAGUCUCCGCCCAGCAAGAAGCGCAAGGCUGGGCCGCAGUCCAACAGCCCAUCCCAGGCCGCCUCAUCUAUAACGACUGCCACUGCGACGGCGAACCCGAAAGCUGCCUCGACGUCCCGUCGCUCGAAACGUCAAAAGACUUCCGACGACGCCUCAACUCCGUCCCAAACGACCGCCGCCCAAACACCUGUGCCUCGCGCCAAGGCGAAGGGCAAGACCCCCGCCAGCAUGUCUAGUCCAGAUAAUACCCCAGGCGCCUCCGAGCAUAUUGCACCCGUAUCAGGCUCCUCUAGCAGAAAGUCCAGUCGAGGCAAGAGAGCGGGCCAUCACACGAGCCAAGACUCCGCACCUGGCACGUCGACUUCAACCCGCCGAACGAAGAGGAACACGGCCAACAAUGCCGCAGACCACGAUACUGCCAUGACCGGCACCGACGACGCCGACAACAAGGAUGAUAUCCCCCAACCUCCACCACCGCCUCCCGAGCACCAACACGAGGACGAUGACAGCGACGAGAACGAUGAGAAUGAUGAGGACGAUCUCGGACGCUACGACGACGAGGAUGACGAUCCGUUCGGCGGUUUCGGCGGCCCAGGUGGCCCUGGCGGACUGUCCAGCACCCUUAGGGCCCUGACUGGCAUGAUGUCUGGGCUCUCGAGCCGCCUGAGAGAAUUGCUGGCCCAACUCAGGCAAAAGGAAGAUCCCACGAUGCAGCUCAUCGCACUGCAGGAGCUCUCGGAGAUUCUGCUUGUGUCCAACGAAGACAACCUUUCUGGCCAUUUCUCUCCAGAUUCCUUCGUCAAGGAGCUCGUGACGCUGAUGCAGCCCAAUGAGAUUACCGGGGAAGAGAAUCCAGAGAUCAUGCUUCUUGCGUGCCGUAGCUUGGCCAAUCUGAUGGAAGCGCUACCCGCGAGUGUCGCCAACGUGGUGUAUGGCGGUGCGGUGCCCGUGCUUUGUCAGAAGCUGCUCGAGAUUUCCUUCAUCGACCUUGCCGAGCAGGCACUCAGCACUCUCGAGAAGAUCUCCGCCGAAUAUCCUUCAAGCAUCGUCCGAGAGGGCGGCCUAACGGCGUGUCUGUCUUACCUCGACUUCUUCGCCACCAGCACGCAACGUACAGCUGUUACCACAGCGGCGAACUGCUGCCGCAACAUCCCCGAGGAUUCAUUCUCCGUCAUCAAGGACGUCAUGCCGACCCUGCUCAACGUGCUUAACAGCAGUGACCAGCGCGUCGUUGAGCAGGCGUCGCUCUGUGUUUCGGGAAUUGUCGAGAGCUUCAAGUACCAAUCUUCAAAGCUGGAAGAACUCGUCAGUGUCGACCUCCUCAAGGUUGUUCUACGUCUAUUGGUCCCCGGCACCACCAACCUGAUCGGUCCAUCAAUCCACACCCAGUUUCUUCGGGUACUGGCCUUCACUGCGCGUUCAAGUCCUCGUUUAUCGGCAGAGCUCUUCAAGCUGAACAUUGUCGAAACGUUGUAUCAAAUCUUAACAGGCGUGUCACCCCCGAGUGGGACCGAGGAUGUUGCCUCAAAACUUGACAGCGUUGUCAUCAUGCAGGCUCUCAUCCAUCGACCUCGUGAACAGAUUAUUGAAACCCUCAACGUCAUAUGCGAGCUGCUUCCGAGUCUGCCUCGCAACGCGGACCCGUCUUACGGAGACUUUGUUGAAAUGUCUGCUACGGAGCCGGCACCCCCAUCUUCCAGCACGCCAAGCAAGACUCGCAAGACGCCCAACGACAAGAGAAUCGAGCUGUUGGGCGAGUGCCAGGAUGAGGUCAGGAGAUUUGCCCUGAUCCUCUUCCCCACCCUAACCGACGCCUACUCGAGCACUGUCAACCUGAGUGUGCGGCAGAAGGUGCUUACCGCCCAACUGAAGAUGCUCUCCAACCUCGAUGAGAAAAUCCUUGGAGAGUCGCUGAGGACUGUGCCUUAUGCGUCAUUCCUUGCCUCAAUUCUCUCUCAGCAGGACCACCCGUCUCUGGUGAUGCUUGGCCUUCAGGCUACCGAGCUUCUACUUAACCGUCUUGAUGAUGUGUACCGUUAUCAGAUGUACCGCGAGGGAGUCAUCUCCGAAAUCGCCAAGCUCGCGGCUCAGGAAAUCCCUCAGCCCGAGGCUCGUUCGGCAUCGGCUACGCGUACCCCGGAACCUGCUGAACCUGAAGUUGAGAACGACGCUGAGGGUCGUGCCUCGGACAAUAAUGGAUCUGACGAGGAGAAGGAUGAUGCAGAGGAAGACGACCAAGACGGCUCGGAAAAUGACGAGGACGAUGCUGAAGACGAGGACGACGAGGAUAAUGAGAACAACCGACACCGAGACGAUGGUUCUGGGUCACCUGUUAGCUCCAGAGGAUCUACCAUGUCCCUGGACGGCGCUCCUCCGACCUACCUCGGCGACGGCCAAUCGAUGCGAACUCGCAUCCGAGACGUGGCCAAGAAGUUCAUCGAGACACAUGACACGGAGAAGCAAGGCAAGACUAUGAAGAAGAAGGCGAUCAAGGUCUUGACCAAUCUUUCCAGUCUUGCUGAAGAGAUUGAGGCAUUCUACCUCCACAGAACCUCCGGCGUCGUGCCUCUUGAUAAGGGCACCGAACUGUUUGAAAGGUUGGUCUCCUACUUUGACGCAGAGGUUCUUGAAAGCGUCACAAGCGCCGAGCUACUUGCCUCCGGCCUGGUGCGCGUGCUUCUGGCCGUCUUCAGCAAUCCCAAUGAGGAGCUUGCCCGCGCAGCGCACUCGACUUUCCUUCGCGUCUUCAUGGGCUUCACGGUCAAGGCCAAACUCAAGACGGCAACGGCGGAUUCACCUGCAACGCCUUUCAGCGUCAUGAUCCACAAGCUGCAAGAUUUGCUCAGUAGGUCUGAGCAUUUUGAGGUCAUUACUGUCCACCACAACACCUUCGACCAUCGCAGCAGUGCAGCGUCCAUGCUCGCCAAGCAGAUCAGACUCAGUCUAUCAGAGCGUGGACCCCGUGCAUCACGCCGAGCCGACGGUCUCUCGCGAGCUCUUGCUGCCAUGGCAGGUGCUGGAGCUCUUCCUGGUGGUCUCUCGCCAUUUACACAGGCCGCUGCUGCUCGAUUUGCAGCUGAGCGUGCUGCGGCAGCCUCGAGCUCCGGCCCCCCACCUCCUGCUCCCGCCGCCUCGACGCCUUCGGCAACGCCGUCGAGCUCGCGGGCCUCGCGCAAGACCAGAUCAAAGACUUUGCCACAGUCUGACGCUCCCUCGACUCCUGAUCCGACUGCCGCCGCCCGAGACAAGGGCGUGCUGAGACGAUCUGCGCGCCGCUCUGGCGCAACUGAAACACCGCAGCCCACCAAGCCCACAGACGACGAUGACGAUCUGCAGGACGCUCUCGAAUGCGCCGAUGAGAAGCAACUGACCGACGAUGACGACAUUGGUGGCAGCACCAUUCAGUCAGUGCCUCAAGACUGGCACAUCGAGUUCAGCCUCGACGGCAAGGCGCUUCCGAGCGAGACAACGAUCUACCGUGCGGUCCACAUGUCAGCCUCCAACUCGGACGAGAAUCUCAGCCGCAGCAUCUGGUCUGCGGUGCAUCCCAUCAAGUUCCGUCGCGCCCCCGGACCUCCACCGCCCGAGAGUGGUAGCACCUUCGGUGGCAGACUCGAGCCCAGCGCUGACGAGAGCACGGACGGCAUCCCUAGUUCUCUUGCCAAGCACCCGGCAACAGCAUCCAUUUUGCGCUUGCUCAACCUCCUCCACGACUUGAAUUCCAACGUGGAUGAUGUCUUGGUGGAGAACAAGGACACCGUCCGCCUCAACGUCGAGCCCCUGUCACAGUUCGUGAACACCAAGCUCACCGCCAAGCUCAACCGUCAACUUGAGGAGCCGCUGGUUGUUGCAAGUAACUGCCUGCCAAGCUGGGCGGAAGACUUGGCCACCCUGUACCCGUUCCUUUUCCCAUUUGAGACGCGGCACCUGUUCUUACAGUCCACGUCAUUCGGUUACGCACGUUCUAUGACGCGCUGGCAGAAUGCACAGUCCGUCGAGGAGUCGCGGCGGGACCGUAACGAGCGCCCGUUCCUUGGCCGCCUGCAACGCCAGAAGGUGCGUAUCUCGCGAUCCAAGAUCUUGGAGUCUGCCUUGAAGGUCAUGGAGCUCUACGGUGCUUCUCAGAGCAUUCUCGAAGUGGAAUACUUCGAAGAGGUUGGCACAGGCCUCGGACCGACACUGGAGUUUUAUUCGACGGUGUCCAAAGAGUUCUCAAAGAAGAAACUUAAGCUUUGGCGAGAGAUGGACUCGCACGACGAUGAGUAUGUUUCUGGUGUCAGCGGUCUCUUCCCUCGCCCCCUGAGUGCCGACGAAGCUGCUUCUGCCAAUGGCGAGCGGAUCUGCCAGCUUUUCAAGACUCUCGGCAAAUUCGUCGCCCGUUCCAUGAUUGAUUCUCGCAUCAUCGAUCUCAACUUCAACCCCACCUUCUUCCGAAUUACUGAUGGAGCUUCGAUUUCCGGCAUCAAGCCCUCGCUAGGAGCUGUCAAGGUUGUCGAUCCUGGCCUGGCUAGAUCUCUGAAGACCAUCAAGAAGUUCUCUCUCGCCAAGAAGGAAAUCGAUGAGGAUCCUACACGCACGCCUGCACAGAAGGUUGCCGACACUGAAGCUAUUGUGAUUGACGACGUGCGACUGGAGGAUCUCUGCCUCGACUUUACAUUGCCCGGAUACCCCGAGAUUGAGCUGGUCGCGAACGGAUCUCAUGUUAGAGUCACCAUGGACAACGUUGACUCGUACCUCGAUCGGGUUAUCGACAUGACACUGGGCAGCGGAGUCCGCCGCCAAGUCGAUGCCUUCCGUGCUGGCUUCUCUCAAGUCUUCCCCUAUUCGGCUCUGAGUGCAUUCACUCCGGAUGAGUUGGUCUCGUUGUUUGGUCGUGUGGACGAGGACUGGUCUCUUGAAACACUCAUGGAUUCGAUCAAGGCUGAUCACGGCUACAACAUGGACAGCAAGAGUGUUCGCAAUCUGCUGCAGGCCAUGAGCGAGCUGACCCCCAACGAGCGUCGCGACUUCUUGCAAUUCACCACUGGCAGCCCCAAGCUUCCGAUCGGAGGUUUCAAGAGUUUGACGCCCAUGUUCACCGUCGUCUGCAAACCGAGCGAGGCACCGUUCACGUCUGAUGACUACCUUCCCAGUGUCAUGACUUGCGUGAACUACCUCAAGCUCCCCGAUUACACGAGUCUCGACAUCAUGCGCAAGCAGCUGACGAUGGCUAUCAGAGAGGGACAGGGCGCCUUCCACCUGUCUUGAGAGGCAGCAAUUGUGUUUGCCAAAGGAAGGAAAACGGCAACGGAUUACGUAUCGACGAACUCUUCUCUCUGCCCCAGUUGGGUUCUGGGAAGAUUCGCGUGAUGAUGUCUGCGAAUGAAUGGGUGGAAUAGGGCAACAUGAACAAAGGAUAUCAUUUGGGCAAAGGCGCGGAGGGAUCCCACGAGAAACAGUCCCCUCACAUCAUUAGUCAUGACUUGCAUGGAAUGGUCGUUCAGGCGUCAAGAGGCUCUUCUUCUAUUUCUUGCGCCUGCUAUUCUCGGCCCAGGCUCAGCAUUAUGCCAGCCAUGGAACAGGCUAUUAGGGAUCAACUUCUGUGGAUUGAGUAGUUGUAGAAUGGUACAAUUAGUAUGUG